ACCGGUGGCAGCUCCCUGUCAGGGAGUCAGCGGGACCUACGGCCCAGCCUGCAGCAGAUGUAACAGUUUUUAUUUGUUUUUUUUAAUGUGAUAUUCGAAUUUCUGAGAGAGAACAAACUAAAAAAAAAAAAAAGGUUUGUUGAAGAACUUGCCCGGUGCUCUCCAACUGCUGCGUUCAAGGGGCCUCCGGAGCUCUCGUCUGAAUCGCCAUGGGGAUCAAAGCUGCUCUUCCCAGGUAUGAGAUCUACUUCUACAACACGGUGCUGUGUCUGGCCAUGUUCUGGGCGGCCAGCUGGAUCUUUGAGGUGUCCAGUUCCAAUGCAAACAGAAAGACGUUCAAAGGCAGCGUGAAGCCAGGAUGGUACUACUUUGGGAGGAAAAUGGAUACGGCUGAUUUUGAGUGGAUGAUGUGGUUUUCCACCUUCAGAGAGCACAUCCUGUUUGCGUUCUCUGGCCAUGUGCUGUUUGCCAAGAUCUGCUCCAUGCUGGCUCCUCAGUACAGGUCCCUUGUGUUCAUGGUGUAUGGUCUUCUGGCUGUGUGGACUAGUAUGGGAUGGACCUACGUCACCCUCAUCCUGUCCCACUGUAUCCUGCUCUACAGCAUCUCCUUAGUGAAAAUCCGCUGGCUUUGUUUCGUCACUGGUCUUUGCACCCUCGCCACAUUCAAGUGCGAACCCUUCGUGUCCUGGCAGGCUGGUUUUGUACAGGGAGACUUUGAGCUGCGUCACGUUCUUUUCUACGGAGGUUGCGGGUUUACGAUCAUGCGCUGUAUGAGCUUCGCUCUGGAGAACUGUCAAAGGAAAGAUGGGAACUACAACAUCCUGGAGCUGCUCAAGUACAACUUCUACCUCCCUUUCUUCUAUUUUGGGCCCAUCAUGACCUUUGACAAAUUUUAUAUUCAAGCCAACAAGUGCAACCUGACCAGGAAAGAGAGGGAGAUGUGGAACAUCAGCUUGCAGGGCCUGAUCCACCUGGGCGUCAUCAUUGUGGUGGACAUCCUCUUCCACUUCAUGUACAUCCUCACCAUCCCCACCGACAUGAAGCUGCUGAAGCAACUCUCUGACUGGGCUCUAGUGGGCCUGGCUUAUUAUAACCUGGUGUAUGACUGGGUAAAAGCGGCUGUCAUGUUCGGAGUCAUCAACACAAUCGCUAGACUGGAUCACCUGGACCCGCCCAAACCACCAAAAUGCAUCACCAUGCUCUAUGUGUUUGCUGAAACGCAUUUUGACAGAGGGAUCAACGAUUGGCUUUGCAAGUACGUGUACGAUUACCUCGGUGGGAAGCACGACAACGUGGUGGAGGAGCUGGUGGCCACACUGUGCACCUUCGGCGUCACCAUCAUCUGGUUGGGACCCUGCGAGGUGGUCCUGCUCUGGGCUUUCUUUAACUGCUUCGGCCUCAACUUCGAGCUGUGGACGGCCAAAUUAUUCUCCAUGGAGCCCUUUUCCUCUUUUGAGGCGGCCAUGUCAGAAGCAAUGUCCCGUCGCAUCAGAGCUAUCUUCAACACCUUUAACUUCUGGAGCAUCGUGCUGUACAACGUUCUGGCGCUGAACAGUUUCGACUUCACCAAGCUGCUCACCAAGCGGCUCCUCCUCAAAGGCUUCCCCAUAACCACCAUUAUCGUCAUGUUCGUGACAUACUGUCUGGUCCAAGCCAUCAAGGAGCGGGAGAGGAGGCAGGCUCUCAUUGACGACCCCGAUCCACUCCCUCCUUCUCCACCUCCAAACGCCGCCACCAGUCCACCCACAGCUGCACCCGCACCCACAGCUGCACCCACACCCACACCCGCCGCCCCUCAGCCAGUCGCAGAUCCCAGCAAGGAAAAAGCAGAAUAGAUAAUAGAGGAUGUAACAGCCUAGUAGUGAGUGCUGUCUAAAUGCUAAGACUAUUAUUAUCUCCUGUCUAGAUCUUUUUUUUUUAACAUUUUGAAUGGAUGUAAAAAAAAAAAUAAAAUAAAAGCACAUUUACUGUAAAUAAAUUCAACAGUAUUUAUACCUGAAGGAAAAUUUAUAUAUUUCAUUCACGAAUAUGUAUUGUAAGAUAAUGUACAGUACACCUGUUUACUGUCCAGGAGAGAACGGCCAGCAAUAAAGUAGUGUCACCUGUCAUUAGAAAAAAAAUAAAUAAACCGCAGAUUUAUUCAAA